AGACUCUCCUCGCUAUAAGUAGGACGAUUUAGGAAUCUUGCGCUCGCAGGUGGCGACGGCGAUGGAGAGGGGAGCCCUCCACUCCAAUCUCCGCGUCGCUCACUGCUGGCCGCUCUUCUCUCGCUCUCCCAACGCCCCUCGCUCGAGCGGGGAGCAUCGGCGGCUCCGUAGAACGCCUCCCCCCUGCUCGACAGAGUUGUUGCUCGCCAAGCGCUUGAGAGAUCUCUUUUUGUAAGUGAUUAUCCUAGUUUGUUUCUUUGAUCAUAGAGCUUGUAAUUAUUUGAAAGAAAGAGGAUGCUUGAUUCUGCAUAAGGCACUCCCAAGAUCUUCAAUAAGAGUUUUCAACUCAUGCGGACCACAAGAAGCAAAUAUAAAUAGUGAAGCAAUGAAAGAUAAAUGUCUUCUUGAUUGUGGAGCAGAUCAAGAAUGUGUACUUGGAGGCAUAGUUGCAUUGGGAAAGUUUGAUGCUCUUCAUAUUGGUCAUCGACAACUUGCAAUUCAGGCAUCAAAAGCUGGGACUCCUUUUCUAUUAUCAUUUGUGGGAAUGGCAGAAGUACUUGGUUGGGAGUCAAGGCCUCCCAUAGUCGCAAAAUGUGACCGGAAACGGGUUCUUUCCUCCUGGGCCCCAUAUUGUGGUAAUGAAGUUCCUCUUGAAUAUCAAGUUGAAUUUUCUAAUGUUAGACAUCUUACUCCACGGCAAUUCGUUGAAAGGUUGUCCAAGGAGCUCAAAGUAAGUGGAGUAGUUGCAGGUGAGAAUUAUAGAUUUGGUUAUAAAGCAUCUGGUGAUGCGUCGGAUUUGGUGAGGCUUUGCAAAGAGUAUGGUUUGUCUGCAUAUAUUCUGAGCUUUGUCAUGGACAAGACUCGAUGUUAUAAUGGGACAAGUAAAAGCAUAAAUGACAGAGGACAGGUAUCAUCCACUCGUGUUCGCCAUGCUCUUGCUAUGGGCGACAUGGAAUAUGUAGCGGAAUUAUUGGGGAGGAAGCAUCGUCUUGUGUUGAUGUUGGAUGACCAAUGCCUUUUCAUGCAUAAUAGAAUUUUGGUUUCUAGAUCUUGCAUGCUAAACCAGCCACCAGUGGAUGGUCUGUAUGAGAACUGCACUCUUCUAUUGGAUAAUGUGUUUGUUGGGCCAUGCAAGGUGGUCAUUAAUGAUGAAAAAAUUGAUAUAGAAUGGGAUGGUAAAAGCAAUUGGGUGCAAAAUCCUGUUCGCAGUGGCCAACUCCUCAGUAUAGAGUUUGGCUGAUAGAAAUUAUGAGGGCAUUGAUGACUUGAAUGAAGCAAAUGGUAUCCCUCUUUUUUGAUCAGCCCAAGGGUGGACUCUACCUCAAGGGACAAACAGCUCGAGUUACAUCUAACUGGCUAAUAUCAAGGGAAGACGUGCAAGGAGUAUUUCAAAAGGUAUCCGCCUACAAAAUUUUUUAGUAAUUUAUUUUGAAUUUAUAAUAGAAAAGCAUAGGUCGGAACAGGAAAGUGGUUAAUCUUAUGUUCAUGCUUGAUAUUUAUUUGUCACAUAAAAAUAAAAACAUCUCCCAUUUGUUUAUUUCUCUGUUAUCUAAAUUUAAGGGUCUGUCAGGAUGAUUUUUCGAACCUUGGCCUGACCUAAAUCUUGACUCUGCAUUUUCAUUCGUUUUUCCUAUCCA